UUCCCUCCUUUUCCUUUCUUUUUGAUUGUUAUUGAGUGAAUGGCUCUGUGCGGAACAACGGCAGCCAAUGCCGCAAAAAUGAUGGCUGCAUACAACGGUGGCGCCUCGGCAGUUUCUGCCCAUCACCCGCACCAUCACCACCAACUACCACAUCUCCCACCUCCCCAUCUCCACCACCAUCACCACCCGGGCCAGCAUCACUUGCAACACCCUGGCUCUGCCGCCGCUGUUCACCCUGUACAACAGCACGCUUCUACAGCAGCAGCGGCUGCCGCGGUAAUGUUGAACCCGAGCCAGCAGCAACCAUACUUUCCCUCGCCAGCUCCUGGACAAGCCCCCGGUCCGGCAGCGGCUGCCGCACCUGCCCAAGUUCAAGCUGCGGCUGUCAAAGCUCACCACCACCAUCAACACUCACACCACUUACAGCCGCAGCUGGACAUAGAGCCCGACAGACCUAUCGGCUAUGGAGCUUUUGGGGUGGUCUGGUCAGUGACGGACCCCCGGGAUGGAAAGCGAGUCGCCCUCAAAAAGAUGCCCAACGUCUUCCAGAACCUCGUCUCCUGUAAGAGGGUCUUCCGUGAGCUGAAGAUGCUGUGCUUCUUCAAACAUGAUAAUGUGCUCUCGGCUCUCGACAUCCUACAGCCUCCACACAUCGACUACUUUGAGGAAAUCUAUGUGGUGACAGAACUGAUGCAGAGUGACCUCCAUAAGAUCAUCGUGUCACCUCAGCCCCUCAGCUCAGACCACGUCAAAGUGUUUCUCUAUCAGAUCCUCCGAGGACUGAAGUACCUGCACUCAGCUGGCAUCCUACAUCGAGACAUCAAACCUGGCAACCUCCUGGUCAACAGCAACUGUGUGCUUAAGAUCUGUGACUUUGGGCUGGCGCGGGUGGAGGAGCUUGACGAGUCUCGUCACAUGACUCAGGAGGUGGUGACCCAGUAUUACCGUGCGCCAGAGAUCCUCAUGGGCAGCCACCAUUACUCUAACGCCAUCGACAUUUGGUCUGUAGGAUGCAUCUUCGCCGAGCUACUGGGCCGACGCAUCCUGUUCCAGGCACAAAGCCCCAUCCAGCAGCUGGAUCUGAUCACGGACCUGCUGGGAACUCCCUCUCUGGAGGCCAUGAGGACGGCGUGUGAGGGGGCCAGGGCCCACAUCCUCAGAGGACCACACAAACAGCCAUCCCUUCCUGUCCUGUACACCCUGUCCAGCCAGGCUACCCAUGAAGCUGUUCACCUCCUGUGCAGGAUGCUUGUAUUCGAUCCGUCUAAACGGAUCUCAGCGAAGGAUGCCCUGGCCCAUCCCUACCUGGACGAGGGCAGACUGAGGUACCACACCUGUAUGUGUAAGUGCUGCUACACCACCUCCUCUGGUCGUGUCUACACCAGCGAAUUCGAGCCCGUCACCAACCCCAAGUUCGACGAUGGCUUCGAGAAGAAUCUGACCUCCGUCAGACAGGUCAAAGAGAUCAUUCACCAGUUCAUCCUGGAACAGCAGAAGGGGAACAGAGUGCCGCUCUGCAUCAACCCCCAGUCAGCCGCUUUCAAAAGCUUUAUCAGUUCCACUGUAGCCCAGCCCUCUGAGAUGCCCCCGUCCCCCCCUGGUGUGGGAAUAGCUGCUGUCUGUGCCACGAUCCGGCCCCGCGCUGGACUACUGAGGACAACAACAAGAAACUCCAACCUGUGUAGCAUUUCACUGGAGUCUAGGACUAGCAAUGUCCACUGUGUGUGUACUGUAAUACUAACUAUGAAGUUUUAGAAUGAACCCAACCAACCACUGCUGACUGGGUUAUGGAGGGACUUUUACAGUGUGCUAUGUAUGCAAGUGUCUGCCCACACUGCUCUGUAGACGCAAAGCCACAAAUGGAUGCACACACACAUGUGCAUACAAACAUUGUGCAGAGCUGGUAUAAGGGCCAAACUCGUGGGCUUGAAAGUGUGUGUGUAAAGCCAGGGAUGAGACAGUAUUCUGCAGAGAGUCUUCGUAGUCUCUGCCUGCAGUCCCAGAGGGCAACGUACAGCUCCCGUCCACUUCCAUACAUACAUAGUCAUCACUUAUUUAUUAAAGGAGGGAGACGCGUUCUGGAAAGGGUGUUAUUUUUAUAUAUAGCACAGGAUUUAAGACACGCUAGUUAACCCCCCUCCCUCAGAAAUCAUAACGUUCAAUUAGAGAUGAUGCUUUUUAUAUAUAGCACAGGAUUUAAGACACGCUAGUUAACCCCCCUCCCUCAGAAAUCAUAACGUUCAAUUAGAGAUGAUGCUUUUUAUAUAUAGCACAGGAUUUAAGACACGCUAGUUAACCCCCCCUCCCUCAGAAAUCAUAACGUUCAAUUAGAGAUGAUGCUUUUUAUAUAUAGCACAGGAUUUAAGACACGCUAGUUAACCCCCCCUCCCUCAGGAAUCAUAACGUUCAAUUAGAGAUGAUGCUUUUUAUUUAUUUGUGGUGUACUGUUAAACAGUUUAGUCAGAGGGUUUCAUUGUUUGUUUUGUCCCCCAAAAAUCCUGCUCUAUUGCUGUUUGUUCUAUGCCUGCUGUCCCCUGGGUUAGAAGUCAGUAUUUGUGAAGAGAUGUGUGCUCUGCAUGCCACCUGGUUGCGAUACGUAUGGCGAGAACCCCUCAUCCGGCACACACACUCGCAUGACUAACCCAAAUAUGGGCAUGUGGAAGUAUGGUGCUGUGUCAGUAUUAGCUGGGUAAAAUGUGGUAACCCUGGAAUGUGGUUGCAUCAAAAAAUAGGCUAUUAGUGGGAAAGAAGCGCCACUGAGAGCUGAAGAGAGCCUCCGCUCUGGGUACAGUAACAUGACAGAGAGAAAGUAGUUUCGGGUACAUAUUGACAUUGUGGUAUUCAGCACAGAUUUUGUGCUACAGGAACAAGAAGGCCUUGUUGGGGUGCUACUUGGUCGUUGCGUUUUCUCUCUGGAGACUCUGAGAGACCGAAUGAAUCUGCUGUUGAACGUCCUGUACCAUAUGAACAGGCAUGUUAAGAGUGUAAGGGAUACAGAUAUUCACUGGUUCCCCUGCCAUGUCUUCUGAAUAUAUAGUCCUACCAAACACUGCGUGUCCAUGUUCUGUCAAUACCUAGUUAAAGACAGACAAGCAGAAUGAUACGAAGAUCAGCCAAACCAAAAUCAUUUCAUUAUUCUGAAGAGAAAGUGAAACCAAGAUUUUUAAAAUCUAGAUGUUUGAUGAUACGGGGAUGCUGCCCAUCUGGAAGAUGCUGAUUUAUUCCAUAGGGUCCCAACAAGUGGGGGGGUG